AUUCGAUUCAUCAUCCAGUUGAUUUUUAUUCGUAUUUGAUUUUGUUUCUGGAUUUGAUUUACCAAUGUAAAAACAAAGAUUAUUAUGCAGAAUUUUCAGUCAAGCAAAACAAAUUCAAUCAAAUCAAAAUGAAGAAAAAAAAUAUUCACAGAUGAAUGAAGUGAAUAUCAACCAAAAAGAAAAAAAAAGCAGCUAAGGAUCGUUACACAUUAUGGCCUGUGUGAAAGUCAUGAAUAAUUCUAUGUCGAUUAUAUUCAGAUCAUGAUCAUCAUCUUCAUCAACAUCAUCAAUAAAUGGAAUGGCCUUUAAUGUUAAAUUGAAUGAUAAAAUUUCGUUGGCAACGCCCAUCAAGUUUAUUGAUGUAAAUAAAAUCUAUAACAAUAAUAGAAAAAUUCAUCAUCAAUAAGCAUUACAUACAUUGUGAAUAUGACAACAACAAUAAUAAUAACAACAAAAAUGACGACAACUAUUAAUGGGUUAAUGAUACAAUCAAUAACGAUGAAAUCUAAAUCCCAAUCUAAAUCAUCAUCUUUGAAUAUGAAAUCAUUAUUGGCAGCAGCUUUCAUGUUUUAUCAAGUGAUGGUUAUAUGUCUAUUGUCAUUUGCAUACGCAUCACCAUCAUCAUCAAUGGAUGAUAAUCAAUUUUUUUUACCAUCCCAUCAUUAUGAUAUUGUACAUUCAACUACAUUUUCAUCAUCUACUGAUUGUGAUCAAGUAUUCAUUAGUACGACGCUCAAUAUAACACAUGGAACACGAAAUGGGACAUUUGUUGGACCAUCAUUUAUGAUACCGAUGCCUGCGACAACUGUUUCAAGCAUUAUUUCAUCAAUCAAUGACAGUGUUGGUGAUCAAUCGUCAUCAGUAAAUCCAUUGUUAGGUAGUAAUAAUGAAUCAAAUCGUUAUACGAGACAAUGUAUCUAUACAUUUAUUGCUGGACCUUAUGAACGUGUACGAGUUUCAUUCACUAAAUUCAGUCUUCGUUCAGAAUUACCAGAAUGUCUAGAUGAAUAUGUUGAUGUUUAUGCUGAAUUGAAGAAUCCUGAUUCAGAUCUAUUGAGCACACCAUUUGGUGGUCGUUACUGUGAUCUAGUCAUACCACAUGAUCGCAUCUCAUUAUUUCAAACAAUUGUGAUCAGUUUCUAUACUGCUAAAUUAAUGGACGGUACCAUACUUAAUGGUAGCGAUAUAUUCGAAGGUACCUAUGAGUUUGUCAAUGCCACACCAUAUGUGGCCGGAACUCCUAUGCCAAAUGAAAUCUGUAGCUACACAAUCUAUAGUGAAGUUCGUCGUGAAGGCGAAUUUAUGAGUCCAACAUAUCCGGGCGUAUAUCCAAAAAAUAUUACCUGUUAUUAUCUUUUUAAAGGUGUUAAAGGACAACGAGUAAAAUUGGAAUUCAUGGAUUUCGAUCUAUUCUAUGGUGGAUCACAUUGUCCCUAUGAUUAUGUGAAAAUCUAUGAUGGUGAAACAACACGAGCACCAUUGAUCAAUACUUAUUGUGGCCAACAACGACAAUUAUUCGUAUUCUCAUCUGGUAUCAAUUUAUUGGUCCAAUUUACAACUCUCAAACGAAUAUCAUCAGUAAAUCAGAAUCGUGGUUUUUCCGGUUAUUAUGAAUUUUCCGAAAAAUUUGUCAAUCUUGGAUUCAUUUUGAACAAUGAAAAUAGUGAACAUAUUCGUGGUACUGAAUGUGAUCAGAAAAUAUUCAGCCGUAAAGAAUCCAAUGGAACAAUUUAUGCACCAAAUUAUCCAUUUCUUUAUCAUUCAAAUAUAAUGUGCAAAUAUUUUCUAUACGGAUUACAAGAUGCUCAAAAUUUAGAACGUAUUAAUUUUCAUUUCGAAAUGUUACAGAUACCUACUAAAGAUGUUAAUGAAUGUACUGAUGCCUAUGUUCGUCUAUAUACACAGCUACAAGCAAUGGAUGAAUUUGAUUAUGUUUUCUGUGGUGAAACAAUACCACCACCAGUCGUAUCUGAUGGUCCAUUAUUAUUAGUGGUAUUCAAUUCUGGUUCAACACAAGGUCAAGGUUUCAAAGCACAUUAUUGGUUUGAAACGGAUUUUAAGAUAAUGGGAACACAAGCAUCACCUGGCCAAUGUCAUUUUUCAUAUGUGAGCAGUGGUAGUAAAUCCGGUGAAUUUAAUUCACCAAGACAUCCAUCCAAUUAUCCAUCGAAUACGUAUUGUAUAUUUGAAUUUUUCGGUGAACCAGAUGAACAGGUCAAAUUGGUCUUCAAUCAAUUCAAAUUUAGUGAUGCUGAAGUUUCAUCAUUAAGCAUUCCGGGUUAUAAUGAAAAAUGUACACAUGAUUGGCUUGAAGUUUACAGUGUAGAAAGUGGUUCUGGUCGUGAACAAUUUUAUGGACGUUAUUGUGGUUUUACAGCACCGGGUCCAAUUUUAACCGAAACCGGUGUUAGCCAGAUAAAAGUGAUUGUGAAUACCGAUGAAAAUGAAGUAUCAAGCGGUUUUAGCGCUACCUAUCGAUUUGAUCGAGCUUCCGAUCGUGUACAAGAUUGUGGUGGAAAUUUUACUAAUCUCGAAAACGGUAUAAUUCAGACACCAAAUUAUCCAAAUAAUUAUCCGGCUACAAUGCAAGUGUGCAAUUGGUUUAUAACCGUUCGAAGUGGAUCCAAAGUUCUUUUAUAUUUUGAUGAAUUCUCAGUGGAAGGUGAUCCACCAAAUCGUGGAUGUCCAGGUGCCAUCGUUCGUGUAUGGCCUGAUUUGAAUCAAAAAUCCAUUGAAUUAUGUGGUGAGAAAUUAAACCUACGAGAUAAACAAUACAUUUCAGACAAUAAUGUAAUGCGUAUCACCUUUUUAACCGCACAAAAAGCUGUUGGAGCAUUAGGAUUUUCAGCUAUUUGGACUGAGAUAGAUAUGCCAUCCGAUAAUAAUGAUGUACGUGUAAAGAAUAUGACAGCAUUUGGUCCUUGUAUGGCAUCGACAGCUAUAAGCAAUCCAUCAACAAAUCAACAACAAGAGCUUAUACAAUCAACAUCUUCCUUAUCAUCAUCAUCAUCGUCAUCAUCAUCAUCAUCAUUGGACAUUCCCAUCAAUACGAUGCCAUAUCAAUGUCAAAAACAUGGUUAUUGUAUAUCUGGGAAGCUUCAUUGUAAUGGUGUACAGAAUUGCGGCUUUGAUGAUGAUUCCGAUGAAAGUGAUUGUAUUCAUGAGGUUAAAAUCAACAUUGUUGAAUUAGUGGGUGGCAUGACCGGACUGUUAAUGUUUAUAUUUUUUGCCAUCGGUAUAAUCUGUUUGACCAUCAUACUAAUCAUCAAUUGGUAUAGACGAUCAAGCGGUGAUGAGAAGAAUGUUGGCCACAUCAUAGAUAAAACGUGUCAACAUUAUUUUGCUCAUCCAACGGCCCCCGAUUAUUCUACUUAUUAUCAAUCGGAUAUGGCAACAACAAUGGGUAUUGGCACGCCACAUCGAUUGAUUGAUGUAAUGACAGUUUCGUCAUCAUCGACAACGCCUGGUGCUACUGGAACUGGAGGUGGUGGAAACCAUAAUCAAAUGAUAAAAAAUGUUCGAUGGCCAUCUGUAUCGAAUAGUGCCGAUUCUGGUCAUGUUACUACUGCCGUUACUAGUGAACAACCAGAUUCAAUGUUUAUGGAAACAACAAAUCCAGCAAAUACAAUCACUGAUGAACCGAUAGGAGAUCCAAAUUCGCCUCCAAUUCCACCACCACCUCCUCCUCCAAUGAAUCGUUCACUAUUAAAUCUACGUCAAUCAUCGUUAAUCAAUUUCAAUCAAUAUGGGGAUAAUAUAGGAACGAAUCCAACAUCCACGAAUUGUGGAACAUUUAAAUCAGAUGUUAAUGCUGGUACUGGUCAUCAUGCUCAUUACCAAUCAUCGACAUUGGCUCGCAAUAAUUUUACAGCAUCAGCCAAUGGUAAUAAUAAUAAUCGAACAACAAUGACAAUGACGAUGAAUCGAUCAAUGAGUAGGCAAACAGAUUCUCGUAUAUCGACAUUUACAGCAGCUGCGAGCACACCUUAUACUCCCUAUUGUACAUUACCUGAUGGUGGUGGCAGUAGUAAAUUAUCCAUACAACAAAAACAACAGAUGCAUUGUCCAUCACAAUCAACGAUAGCGAAUAGAAAUAACCGAAUAUCAUCUAUACAUCAUCAUCAUGAUAAUAGCCGUCAAAAUACAUCACCCGGUAAUACACACCAGAUAGAAUCAAUGUUACCACCAAUGGACAGUUUGGAUAGUGGUUGUGGAGCUGGACAAUUAUCAUCAAGAGCUACAAAGAUAACCAUUGAUGAUGAUGAUGAUAACGAUGUGAUGAACGAUGAUGAUCAUGAAGAUAAUGAUAAUGGUAUUGAUGGUGAUGAUGAUACCAUGAACAAUAACAUGAUGCUUUUGAUGGAUGUUGACAAUAAUAGUCUUUUGGGUAAUAAAGAUGCCACCGGAAAUGGUGAUUAUCUUAUGAUGACCGAUCAUGAGGAACGAACAUUGCUUCGAUCAUUGAAUAAUAAUCAUAACUAUGGUAAAAGUGACGCUUUAGCAACUAAUGGUGAAGAAAGUGAUUCAAUACAUGAAACACAGCCAUCAAUAUCGGUAUCAAGCCUACGAAAAUAUCAGAUAUCACGUUUACAGAAUACCGGUAAGAAUACAUUAUCCACAUCAUCUGAAUCAAAACAAUCACAACAAUCUUCAUCACAUCCACCAUCGACAUGGCAUCAUCCAACGGAUGUAUUUACAAUAGCAACGCCAAAUGCAAACUAUCAUCUCCAUCAACAUCAACAUGAACAACAACAUGGCCAUCAUCAACAUCAUCAUCAUCAUCAUCAUUCUUCUUUGAUUGUAGAUGAUUAGGAUGUGUAUUUGUUCAUUUUGUCCAUUUUUUUUCUGUAGCCAUUCAUUGAAUAUCAAAAUAUAACCAAUAUAUAACUUAAAACACAAUUGUCCAUUUUAAACAUAAAUUCAUUUCAUCUUCAUUCAAUCAUCAUCAUAAUCACAAUUUUUUUUCCAAUUCCCAACUAUUUAAAUAUAUAUAAAUUUCCUAGUGUUUUAUUUAGCCAUGUGUAUAAAGAAAACUAAAAAUUUUAUAUUGAAAAUCAUCAUCAUCAUCAUCAUCAUCAUCGAUAAUCAAAUUCUUUCGAAAUUAAAGACUUGAGCAAAAA